CUCCCCGGUCAAACAAUGUGAGACUCACCACCAUCCUGUCCGCAGGAUCUAACUGUUUUCAAAGAGGUCUUUUGACAAAUCUUCACCAUGAUUUUUCAAACACUUUUUGAGUGUAUGGACUUUACUGGUUGGCUGCUGUUCACUUUUGUAGUGUUAUUAUUGUCUGAUGUGGUCAGAAACUGGAGGCCUCACAACUUUCCACCGGGACCCUGGACUGUGCCUUUUCUAGGAAAUGUCUUCACAGGAGUUGAUUUCAAAACAAUGGAGAAGCUUGCUAAGGAAUACGGCCCAGUCUUCAGCUUGAGGAGAGGCAGCGGGAGGCUGGUGUUUAUUUCAGGAUACAAGAUGGUCAAAGAGGCUCUUGUCAGCCAGCUGGACAGCUUUGUUGAUCGACCCAUUGUCCCUCUCUUCCACGUUGUUUUCCAGGGGCUUGGCAUAGCUCUGAGCAAUGGUUACAUGUGGAAGAAGCAGAGGAAGUUUGCCAGCAUGCAUCUGCAUUACUUUGGAGAGGGCCAGAAGUCACUGGAAAGAUAUAUUGAAGUAGAAUGCAACUUCCUUUGUGAGACGUUCAAAGAGGAACAAGGAGGACCAUUCAAACCCCAGUACACCAUAACCAAUGCUGUGAGUAACAUAAUCUGCUCUGUGCUCUUUGGACAUCGCUUUGAAUACAGUGAUCAAAGCUUUCGCAAGGUUUUGGAGCUGGACAAUGAGGCUGUUGUGCUCGCUGGCUCAGCUCAGACUCAGCUGUAUGAUGCCUUCCCUGGUUUGAUGAAGCACCUGCCGGGACCUCAUCAGACUGUCCACGCUAACUACAAGGAUAUAAAAGUGUUCCUGAAAAAGGAAAUAGAGAAGCACCAGGAGGAGUGGAACCCCGAGGACCCUCGUGAUUAUAUUGAUGUGUACCUGGCAGAGAUGGAGAAAAAGAAGGAGGAUCCCCAGGCUGGCUUCAACAUCGACACUUUACUCAUUUGCACCAUCGACCUGAUUGAGGCUGGGACAGAAACAGCUUCUGUGACUUUAUCCUGGGGCCUCGUAUACAUGAUGCACUACCCAGAGAUACAAAGGAAAGUGCAGGCAGAGGUAGAUAGAGUUAUUGGACAGUCCCGUCAGCCCACGCUGGCCGACAGACCCAACAUGCCCUACUCUGACGCUGUCAUCCAUGAGACUCAAAGGAUGGGAAAUAUUGUUCCUCUGGGAUUCCCCAAAAUGGCCAGUAAAGACACUACGCUGGGAGGAUACUUCAUACCAAAGGGCACAUCUGUUACUACAAUCCUUUCAUCAGUGCUUUUUGAUAAGGAUGAGUGGGCGACUCCAGAUAUCUUCAAUCCUGAACAUUUCUUGGAUUCAAAGGGCAACUUCUGUAGAAGGGAUGCAUUCCUACCAUUUUCAGCAGGUAAACGAGUGUGUUUAGGGGAGAACCUGGCCAGAAUGGAGUUGUUUCUUUUCUUUACAUGCCUUUUGCAACGCUUCACCAUCUCUGCUGUUCCUGGAGAAAUUCCCAGCAUGGAGGGUGUGCUGGGCUUCACCCAUUCCCCCGAGAGCUUCAGGAUGUUAGCCACGCCUCGCAGGUGUACGGAGGAAGACACUCCUGAAGCACAAACCUUUCCACUCGGACAUUCCUCCUCGUGCUGCUGCUGCUGUUUUGUCUCUUUCACCAUGUGGCUUUACAGCUUUUUACUGGGAUUGGACCUGAAGGGGAUACUAUUGGGUUUUUUUCUCGUCCUACUGAUAGCAGACUUCCUCAGAAACAAGAAUCCUCCAAAUUAUCCCCCAGGACCACUGGGUCUCCCAUUGGUGGGGAAUUUCUUCAGUUUGACGAAACAUCCACAAAAUUAUUUUAGCAAGUUGGCUGAUGUCUUUGGAAACGUGCUCAGCAUCCGCCUCGGUGGUGAAAAGAUGGUGGUCGUGUCUGGGUGCAAGAUGGUGAAGGAAGCCAUAGUGACACAGGCCGAGAACUUUGUGGAUCGACCGCACAGUGAACUUUCUGACAGGGUUUACUUAGGAUCCACAGGUGGUCUAUUCGCGAGCAGUGGUGAAAAAUGGAAGAAACAGCGGCGGUUCGCCUUGUCCACCUUACGAAACUUUGGUUUUGGAAAAAGUAUCACGGAGCAGAGCAUCUGUGAGGAGAUCCGAUACCUUCAAGAGGAGAUAGAGAAUGACAAAGGUGAACCUUUCAACCCAGCAGGCCUCUUCAACAACUCUGUAUCCAACAUCAUUUGCCAGCUUGUGAUGGGGAAACGGUUUGACUACAGCGACCACAACUUCCAGAUGAUGCUGAAGUAUUUGUCUGAAUCUAUCUGGCUGGAGGGCUCUGUAUGGGGUAGACUCUAUGACUCCUUUCCCAAUGUGAUGAAGCACUUGCCAGGCCCUCAUAACAGAAUAUUCAGCAACUACGACCACAUCCUGGACUUCAUUGGUCAGGAGGUACAGAGGCACAAGCAGGACCUGGACCCCAACAAUCCCCGGGACUACAUAGACAGUUUCCUCAUCGAAAUGGGGAAUCACAAAGAAUCUGAUCUGGGCUUCGAUGAGACCAACCUGGCUUUGUGUUCUCUGGAUCUGUUUCUGGCUGGAACAGAAACUACCUCCACUACUUUGCAGUGGGCUUUGAUUUACCUCAUCAAAAACCCUGACAUCCAGGAAAAAGUCCAGGCAGAGAUAGACAGUGUGAUCGGACAAAUCCGCCAGCCCACUAUGGCGGACAGACCAAACCUGCCCUACACUGACGCUGUCAUCCAUGAGAUCCAGAGGAUGGGAAACAUUGUUCCACUCAACAUAUUAAGAAUGGCUGCCAAAGACACGACUCUUGGCGGUUACUUCAUACCCAAGGGUACUGUCCUGAUGCCUUUCCUGACCUCUGUGCUGUUUGACAAGACUGCAUGGGAUACUCCAGAUACUUUUAACCCAGGACACUUUCUAAAUGCUGAUGGAAAGUUUGUAAAGAGAGAAGCAUUCCUCCCUUUCUCUGCAGGGAAACGUGUGUGUCUCGGAGAAGGGCUGGCCAAGAUGGAGCUGUUCCUGUUUUUGGUGGGCUUGUUUCAGAAGUUCUCAUUCUCUGCUCCUGAUGGAGUAGUGUUAAGUACAGAGGGAGUUACUGGAACCACACAUGUGCCGCAUCCCUUCAAGGUUUGCGCCAAGGUUCGCUGAAUUAUACAGAAUUAAAAUUUUCAUCUAACCAGCUUUACGUAAGAUGUAACAGCAACCCAUAAUAACCAAACCAUAUCAACCUUUUUCUGUUGUAUGAUUCUCUGUUAUGAGGACUUGGUUACUGUCUGUUCUGUACAUUAAAAGAUUAUUGUGUUAAUUCCACACUUGAAGAGGCA